UAAGUUCUGUCGUAAGCUUUUCGAACGCAGCUCCUUUCUCUCUUUCUCUUUCUCUCUCUGUUUCUUCCUCUUCCUCUCUCACUUCGCUCUGUAUAAUAACGAUUAGACGCAUACAGAAUAGCAUCGAUCCCGAUUUCUAGAACGGGGUCACUCCACACGGGAGCAACCAACGAGAUCACCGACGUUGAUUACGCUCGGUGCUCGCGAGGAGAAAACAGCGGAAGGAAAACUCGCAAUAUCGAGAGACAACCAUUUGCAUCCGUCCUCGUUGUGUUGUGUUUACGUUCGUAUAUAACGUUUACAUUGAGCGCGCUUUGCGCUUAUCAACGCGCGUUCUCACGGCGCAUCGUUCGGAGAAAAUGCAAAGUGAGGAUUUACUUUAGCGUCACUAUCGGUCAAGUCUAUUAGCGAAUAUACGGGUCAGCUUCGCGUUGUUUCUUUGCACACAUCUCGUCGCCGCCCUCCAUCCUUGCAUUUUCCUUUCUCUUUCUCUCUCUCUCUCUCUCCCUCUCUCUUUCUCUCUCUUUCUCUUUCGUGCGAUCGAAAAUAUGAUAGACUGUGCCGUUCGUUCCCUCUGGCGACGAUACGUCGAUCGCGCGGAGUGAACUCGCCGACGUGUUUACGACGGGGCGAGUGAAUUGUCACAAGUGUUCCGGAUUCAGAUCAGCCUGAACAGAAACGAUGGACGCGACGAUAGAGAGAGAGUGCAGCGCGUUAGGCGGUUUGUUUCAACAGAUCGUCACUGACAUGAAGAAUGGAACACCACUUUGGGAAGAUUUAAUUUCAAAAGCUACGAAAUUACAUGCAAGUCUGAGAGCUGCUAUCUUGGCUAUUUCUGCAUAUCUUGAGGCUUUUCAAAAAAUAGCGGAUGCAGCGACUAAUGCUAGAGGUGCAACUAAGGAAAUUGGAACAGCACUGACACGAAUAUGUUUGAGGCACAAAGCGGUAGAAACUCGUAUGAAGUCGUUCACUAGCGCUAUUAUGGACUGUUUGGUGUUGCCUUUACAAGAGAAAUUAGAAGAUUGGAAGAAGUCUUUGAUCAAUUUAGACAAAGAACAUGCUAAAGAAUUCAAAAAAGCGAGGGCAGAAUUAAAGAAACGUUCUACUGAUACUUUACGAUUGCAAAAGAAGAAGGCAAGAAAAGGUCAAGUUCACCUGCACGUCCAAGGACAAUCUCACGGUCACGGGACAGGUUCUAGCGAUGUUGAGCUCACUAAAAUGUUGGAAUCGUCGGCAGCAGUUGUUCAAGAGAAAAGACUGAGUUUAGAAGAAACAGAACGAAAGGCCGUCCGCGCAGCCCUUCUUGAAGAAAGAGGCAGAUUUUGCUUACUUGCCCGAUUCCUGAAACCUGUACUCGAUGAAGAGAUAGCGAUGUUGAUGGAAUUAACACAUCUGCAAGAGGUCUCCGAUCAAUUACAAAGACAUGCCGCGUCACCGCAUCACCUACCGCCUGCAUCCGAGCAGGUAAUCACGGAUAUAAAAGGUUGCGACGUUACUCAGUGGUCGUUGGCCACGCCGCCGUCGAGUCCGUCACUGUCUCUUGGAUCGAGGAAGAGUUCUAUGUGUUCGAUCAGUUCUCUAACUAGUAGCAGUAGUGGAUCUUGUAAAAGCCAUCCGAGUCCGUCCGGACAUCCGUGGCACAGAUCGCUUUCUCAGCCAGUUGGUGUCAGGCCCGCCAGCAUCAGCGGUAUCGCUACUCUACGUCACUUGACAAGUGGCAGUUCCCGUGACUCUGGUUUCACAUCCCAGGACACGUUGUAUAACCAACCCAUUUCCGAGCAUCAGGUAUCGAAUGUGUCUUCUCUAAAUAAUCAAAGUACCGGUUGCACUGUAACAAGACCUGUGACAACUUCAACUUGGCCUGAUUUACAGGAAACGUCCGUUCAAUACGAUCGGCAAAAUCCGAGUACAGUGAACGAACGACCGCAUACUAUUUCUUCCGCAUACGAGAAGGGACAUCAGAGACCGGCGCUCAGCGUUUACACAUUCCAAGCACCGGAUCGCGAUGGCAACAGUUGUUGUCACAGUCAGCCCGCAUCUCCGGUUUCAUCUUCCUCAUCAUGUUCUUCCUCGAAUCAGCUGUCUAGAGUACAACUCCGUAGGAAUAACAGCGGCAAUCGUCCGCCCAUACCAAACAGAUGCUCGAGCCUGGAACGACCGACGAUUCCGGUGAAAAACGAACCGCCGGGAAGUCCUCGCGGAAAACCCAAGUUACCUCUUCCGGCUCAUUUGGCGAAAGAAUUGGCAACCCAUCAGCUUCAACAGCCGAUGUAUGUGAAUAUGCAUGAAUUGGCAAAUCUGGCUGCUAGUCGUGCUCAGGAAAUGCAGCUUCCACUGCCACCCCCUCCUGCAUCAUUGACAGCACCAGGAACCGACAAGACUGAAGUUCCGGAAAAAGAAUCCGGCAGUCAAACAUCCGAGUCCAGCUUGGAAUCCAGCAGCGGAUACGGAAGCCAAAACACGCUGCCUCAUUCUCACUCACUUCACAAUCAAAACGAGAAUAUAUGGAACGUGCCCGGCGCUGCAGCCACGUUAAUGACACGCAGAGGAUCGACGCAGCAGAUGACUAGACCGCCGCCGCCGACAAGACGCACAUCUACGGUCAUAACCGCGCCUCCCACGUCGGCUGUGAACGAAGACCGAAACGAAAACGUUUGCGACGAAACCGAGAAUCUUCCUCCUCCGCCUGCGUUCCUCUUGGAAGGAUCUUCGCCCACUGCCAGUCCUACGCCUCAGAGGUCUAUUUCGGUUUCUGAGACUGUGAGGACUCUCACGGAACUCCGUCAUACGCCUGCUAGUCCUUCUCUCUUACGAAAGGCUACGGGGCAGCAACAAGCAUUCGCUAACCCUUCGAGUAUUGUUCAACAUAACACUGUACUACAGAUAACUCGUUCAUCGGUUGAACGUUCCUGCUCGACUGUUCGUUCAACGUCCCAAGAACGUGGGUCUGCUGGCGCACAAACGGCCGGUGCAAACAGUCAAGCUGCAGGUCAAGGACCUGGCGGUGUUGGCCAGGGUUUUAUGGCAGUACUCAACGCUAAGCUCAUCGGUACUAUGAAUAGCAGUGUGGCAGGUGUAAACGUGAGCAGCAGUCCGAAAUCUCUUAGAAAGCAAUCGAUUUCGGAGCAACAGCAGCAGCAACAACAACAACAACAGCAGCAGCAGCAGCAGCAGCAGCAAUCCAAUAAAAAUGUCAAAACGGCAGCAUCUGGAUUUCUCGAAACGCUAAAUGCCAAAUUGGCGCAGCAACAGCAAGUGCUGCAACAAGCAGGAAAUAACACCAGCAGAUCCGCGAGUGUACGACGCAUUAUGGGCAAUCGUGUACCUAUCAUGGAUCCUUUGCAAGUAAGGGAUUCUCUUAUGGAUCAGAUUAGACGAGGCACUUCGUUGAGAAAAACUAGCGGUCCGAUCAACGAUCGGUCAGCGCCUAAAAUCUACUAAGAUUGGCAGCAAUUCUCGCGUAAGUCCGUAAUUACCGUCACAUUGAUGUCAUUGAUUCGCGAGAUGCAAUAAGGAUUUAACAAAAAUCAGCAUCUUUCCAUUUUUCGUCUAUAUUUUUAUGCAUAAAUUGUGAGUUAAGUGCGUGAACGUAUCGAGAUCACAGUUACGUUUCAAUUGAACAAAGAUCUCGGCAGUGAUGCGUUAACAUUUCCUAAACACAGGGUCACUGCUGUUUUCGCAGAAAAUACUCUAGAAUUUAAAACCAACUAUCGUUUAUAUAUUGUCCGAUUAUAUUUUUUAUACGUUCACAGAGUAAAAAUUCUACAUUUUUUUUACUAAUUAUGUAAAUCAUUUUUGAAAUUUGUACAUAAACAGAUUUGUACACAUCUUUUGUAUUCUGUUAAUUUCUGUUUUGUAAUCACACACAUCUGAAAGAAACUUUAAUGUCCGACUGAUUCAAAAAGUUCAGUGACCCAAGUUUUAGUAAAUAAUAAAAGCACCAGUGCCAAUCUAUUUGUAUAGCCGUCAGCUCUUUUUGAAAUUUUACAAUAAAAACACGCAGGCUCCAUAUUAAAUCAAUAUAUGAUUUAUUGUAUUUAUAAUUAGAGAGAAAAUGAGAGAAAAGGAAGGGAGAAACGCAUAUCGAAACAUCGCGUACUUGAGAACCAAUCAGGAAUACUUUUAUGUAGGUUUAAUGACGUUAAAUAUAAUAAUAUAUAAAUAUAUAUAUAUAUUUAUGUAUUAUAUAUAUUACAUAAUAUAUAUAAUAUAUAUAAUAUACACACACACAUUAUACAUUAGCGUAAUAUUCGGAACAAUACAGCGUAGUAAGAUUUUUAUAAUGUAUUAAUAUUUAUAUACAUACAAAAGCCGAUUUUUUGAUUAGAGAAUUGUCUCAUAUGAUCCAUAUCGAUACAACGACAAUAUUCCAGUACAACUUGUGUCUUAUAGGUCUCUAUUUUUUCUGCUUGACGACAGCUUUAAACGACUUUCUCAUCGUUAUUAUCGCGCUACCGCUUAGUNCAUAUAAUUGAAUGUACAAUGGGAUCUGCGCGAUUCCACGAAAGUCAUACAUAAUUUAAUAUCGAGCUUGUGUAAUUCGAUACGUGAAAUCUCUUGUAACUGCGUAUUAAAGGUAUUGUGUCACGAGUGUUACUUCUUUUUUCUCAUAGUUUUUGUUUUUAAUACAAAAAAGCGUGAUCUCCGACUUUAUUUGUCUUUCAACUUCGUGUGUCCUCGCCACCGCAUCGGGACGGCGGCUUUUCCAAAGGUGGUUGUCCGCCAUCAAGAACAUUCUCGAUCACGAACCGGUGAUCGUACGUGUACUAAUAAUAGUUAUAUACCAUUACGGCAUCUCUCUUAAAUGUCGAUAAAUGUUAAAUAAACGUAUAUAUCGCUCCUUUUGCGAAGAUGACGUGUUUACGGUCCGUCAUUGCUUGCACAAGCUACAUUUAUCGCAUCUUGGCGAGUUCCAGAAAAAAAAAAAAAAAAAAAAAGUCUUUCUAGAUCAAAAGAGACGUUGUCAAGUAUUAUGUUACAUCGCAUCGUGUUAGACUCAUUGUUUUGCGCGUAUUACAUCUUCAUACGUUUACUUUUUUUAUUUAUGUCACACGUUGUUGCGCGAAUGUGUACUCAUCGCUACUGCUAUACACUGCCUACUUUGUGCGCGCGAUCGAGAGGUGUGUGUAUGUGCAUCAAUCAGAUCUAUAAAGACAUCACGACAACAAAAA